CUGUCGCCAAACUAAAAUCUGAAUUUAAGCGUCGAGCAAAUCUACUGCUCUACGGAAUCAUAAAACUCAUCGAAUAUUUGGUUUACAAUGUUUUGAUAUUUAAUUUAAUAUUAUUCAUAAUUUUUCAAUUAUCGUGUACACUUUUAUGUUUAUUUAAUUAAAUUAUUAUAAGUAAUAAUAAUAAUAAAAAAAAAAAAAAUGUUAUUGAAAUAUUACUUGUGUUCAAUUGUUACAUUAUGCCUUAUAGCUUUCGUCAGUGCGUCUAAAGAGACGUUGGUGUUGCUCAACAAUUUAGUCAUCAAAGAAACACAUUCUAUCUUAUUUAACACUCUUAAAGAAAGAGGAUAUCAAUUAACUUUUAAAUCUGCUGAUGACCCUUCACUAGUACUCUCAAAGUAUGGAAAGUACUUUUACGAAAAUUUAAUUAUAUUCGCACCAACUGUUCAAGAAUUUGGUGGAUCUUUAAGCGUUGAAACAAUUACUCAGUUUAUUGAUGAUGGAGGCAAUGUUCUAUUUACGGGUGGUGUAUCUACUGGAUCUGCUCUUAGAGAAUUAGCAGUUGAAUGUGGUUUUGAAAUAACCGAAGAAAAUUCAUCUUUGAUUGAUCAUUUGAAUUAUGAUGCCAGUGAUCCUGGAAAACAUACUUUAGUAGUAACCAGUUCAUCAAACCUUAUUAAAUCUGAAGAAAUUGUUGGAAAUAUUAGUGAAAAACCAUUAUUGUAUGAAGGAACUACAGUUAUUACAGAUCCAAAGAAUCCUUUAGUACUUCCUAUUCUUCAUGCUGAAUCUACUGCAUAUUCGUACAAACCAGAUCUUCCUGUUAAAGAUUAUUCACUUGGUACUGGUAAAGAUCUAUUACUAAUAGCAGCUUUACAAGCAAGAAAUAAUGCCAGAGUUGUAUUUUCUGGAUCCUUAUAUUUCUUUUCAGAUGUUGCUUUUAGAUCUUCUGUACAAAAAGUUGAUGGGAAAACAUACAGUAUUUCUGGUAAUCAAGAAGUUGCUUCAAACAUUGUUUUGUGGACAUUGAAGGAUAGAGGUAUGAUUAGAGUGAAAUCUGUAAAUCAUCAUAAAUUGGGCGAAUCAUCACCUCCAUCAUCUUAUACUAUAAUGGAUAUGGCAGUGUAUUUGGUUGAACUAGAGCGUUGGGAAAAUGGAAAAUGGAUACCACAUAAUGCUGAUGAUGUUCAAGUAGAGUUUGUACGCAUAGAUCCAUUCUGGCGAGGAAAUCUUAAAAAUAUUGAAAAUGGCAAGUAUGAAUUCACAUUUAGAAUCCCUGAUACAUAUGGAGUUUAUCAGUUCAAAGUUGAAUAUAAUAGAGUUGGAUUUACUGCAAUCAGAAGUUCAACUAUGGUAUCUGUAAUUCCAUUGGAACAUACUCAGUAUGAAAGAUUCAUCUUAAGUGCAUAUCCCUACUACGCAAGUGCUUUUUCCAUGAUGUUUGGUGUGUUUGUGUUCAGUUUUGUGUUCUUGCAUUAUCGAGAAGAUAAAGCAAAAGGAGAGUAAUUCAGACUGUAUUAUUUGUUGGUCAUGAUAAUUUUGUAAGUUUAAAAUUAAAUUUGAGUAUUAAUGAUGUAAAUGGAUUUUUUACUAUAAACAAAGUUUU